UCAUGGUUCCACCCUGCUUGGCUGGCUUUAAGCUAAUCAGCUACGACAUACCGACACAUACAAACACACACACACCGACACACACAAACACACACACACACACACAUACUUACAAAUCUAAUCGGGAUAACAAUAAGUGCCAGGAAAAAGCAGGUUAAUACAAACACUAAACUGUAUCAGUAGUGGAACAUUGUUUUCUUACAGCUAACACCGGAGCCGUUAGCAGGCUGAGCUAACACACAGGAAGAGCUGGAAGUCUUGCUCCGGGAGGAGCACUUUCCUCUUCAGGUUGCUGGACUGGACAGAUCCAGCUAUGUGAGCUGCUCUGAUGUGUGGACGCUUGAAUCGAUACAGCGCCUGGCUGAGACGGCUUUUGAGCUGGUCUAGACAACCAAGCUGUCACUGUGACAUAAACACUCGACGGAUCUGCAGCUGAUUCAGCUGAACAGGUUUAUGUUGGUCUGGAUCGUGGCAUAACUCCCUCGAGCGGCGUCGACUAUGCCACUGGGACUGGGAAGAAGGAAGAAAGCGUCCCCUUUGGUUGACAAUGAGGAAGCGGAACCCAUUCGCGCCGGCCUCAAUUUGCCAGGUAUGGAAGGCCUGGAUGGAGGAGUAGUCGGGCUGGGGGAAGCUGCUGCCUCUGAGGGCCUUCCUCCGCCUCCAAACAACAUGAGACCUCGGCUCAUCUUCCACACCCAGCUCGCUCACGGGAGCCCCACUGGCCGCAUCGAGGGCUUCAGUAAUGUGAGGGAACUUUAUGCCAAGAUCAGCGAGGCUUUUGGGAUACCACCGUCUGAGGUUAUGUUUUGCACACUGAACACUCACAAGGUGGACAUGGAGAAACUGUUGGGAGGGCAGAUCGGGCUGGAGGACUUCAUUUUUGCCCACAUUAAAGGUCAGAAGAAAGAAAUUGAAGUGUUCAAAGGAGAAGAUGCUCUGGGGUUGACAAUCACUGAUAAUGGAGCUGGCUAUGCUUUCAUCAAGAGAAUUCGGGAGGGAAGCGUCAUCCACCAAAUCCAGGUCAUCAAUGUGGGCGACAUGAUCGAGUCGAUCAAUGGUCAUCGGCUCAUCGGCUGUCGACACUAUGAAGUUGCCAAAAUGCUGAAGGAGCUUCCCAAAGGGAAAAUGUUUACCAUUAAGCUGGUGGAGCCUCUGAAAGCCUUUGACAUGAUCAGUCAGAGGUCAGGAGGUUCCAGGUCGGCCUCGGGGGUUCAGCUGGGGACGGGCAGAGGGACCCUCCGUCUGCGCUCUAAAGGUCCUGCCACAGUGGAGGAGCUGCCUUCUGCAUUUGAGGAAAAAGCCAUUGAGAAGGUGGACGAUCUGCUCGAGAGCUACAUGGGCAUUCGAGACAGUGAACUCGCGGCCACCAUGGUGGAGCUGGGCAAAGACAAAAAGAACCCAGACGAGUUUGCGGAAGCUUUAGACGAGACUCUGGGAGAUUUCGCCUUCCCCGACGAGUUUGUCUUUGACGUCUGGGGCGCCAUCGGAGAUGCCAAGGUUGGCCGGGUGUGAACUAACGGAGCGGAACGGUCUUUCUGGACUUUACACUCGCAACAUUCACUAGAAAACACAACACUCCCAUCACGAGUUAGUUUUUAUUCCACUGCACUCCUAGUUUGAUUUCUGCGUUCCUAUCCUUUGGGGAGACCAAGUGGAUGAUCCAUUUACGUGAAAAGAAAGGUGACUGCAAUGACUUCCCAAGUGCGUUUAUUUGUCUUCCAGUGUUUUUUUUUUUUUCUUUCUUCCUUUCUAGGAAAACACAAGCACUCCGAGAAUUCACUUUGACUGAAACACUUGAACCUGCAUGUUGUUGCUGUAGUUUCUGGCAGGGAGCCAAGAUCAGCACAGGUUAUCUGAAAUGGGAGAAAUGGAAAAACAAAUUAAAAGAAGCGUGCUAUUUUUUUUUUUUUUUUUUUGUAAAU